GAGACCUGACUCACUCAAAUCGAUAGCAGGGCAGGACCAGCUUGAUGAGCUAGCAGAGUGCACCAGGCAGCUCCACUCUAUAAAAAGUCUUUGGUCCCGAACGGAAAGUCGUAAACGGUAUGCGAGAAAUGAUGUUCUGCGGCACGGGCAGCUUCAAGGACGUCGACAAGGAGGAGGCCGGCGGUGGUGCCGGCGCGAAGGCGAAGCCGGCGAAGAGCAAGAAGGGGAAGGGCAACCCCUACGCGUCGCGGGGGCUCGACAAGUUCUCCACCGUGCUCUCCGAGCUCGAGUCCCGGCGGGAGAAGAUCCUGCGGCGCGUUGGCUCGGACGUCGACGCCGACCACCUCAUGGUCCGGUUCGUGCAGUCCGAGGCCAAGGGAUGGGUGUCCAUCGUCGUCAAGCUCCCACAGGAGGAGCAGCAGGCUACGGAUGCCAAGAGCGAGGCCAAGAAGAGCAAGCAGGCGACCAAGCCGACAACGCGGCCGAUGACACCGCCCACGGAGCCUGGCAGCCCCAAGGAGGACGCUGCUAAGCUUGUGCCUCCGGCGGCGAAGGCAGCGCCAGCAAAGAAGAGUAAGGCCGGCGGCGAGAGGUGGUCGUGGUCCUGGGGGAGGAAGGUGAGGCCGCACCGCUACUGGCUGCUGGCCAUGGCGCUGCUGCUGCUGAGCCUGGUCGUGUUCGGGAGGGUGUUCGCCAUCUGCUGCACCUCCAUUUGGUGGUACCUCUUGCCGAUCUUGAAAAGCGAGGAAGGGCAGGUCGCGACGAGAACACCGGCAGCGAAGGCCUGCAAGGAUCUUGGCAAGGCGGGUGACAAGCUCGCUGCCGUGGCACCGCCGCUGCCUCCUUCGCAUGGCAAGAAGAGCAGCUCCGGUGCUGCUCAUGAGGUGGUUUCACCGAGGAGCCAUGCACAUCGAAAGAAAGGGUGAAUCGCAAGGAUUCACCACACUCUGCAGGAUAUCUUGUGCUGUAGUCUGUAAAUUUUUUGUAUAGUUGGGUGGCCAGAAAGAUCAAAAUUUCCAGGUUAUCUUUCCUUCUUUUUUUACAUUUGAUUUUUCUUUCGUGCCUGUAAAUGUGCAUCGGCCCCUUUUAUGCGAGGCUACCCUAAAAGUGUUUAUAAAGCAUAGAUUGUUCGACAUAAAUUAUCGAA